GUUCCUCGUGCCACCAAUAAUAAGCAGUCGUCUUCCUUUAAGCAUGGUUGGGUGCCCCACUAUUUUGGAGGAGGAACAAACAGCGUGUGUGUGUAUAUAUAUAUAUAUAUAUAUGUACACAGAGCCUGCAGCCAAGCCAAGCUAUGAGGAGGGAGGAGAAAAAGGAUGACAGCAGAGGCUUCUGGGAGAGGCUGCUCUGCUGCAUCUGCGAUGCGGUGGAGGCAGCAACAGAAGGAGAGUUUCCACAAUCAAAACCCAGCUACCCGCCACCAAAGAAGCAACCUAGCGACGCAAAGAAACCGGAGGACAGCCAAGGCACCAAAGCUUCCGACGACCACCCACCUCCUGCAAUUGGCACCUUGAACAUGACACUGUCGAUCUCCAUUCCCAAUAAGCAAUUAGAGUCGACGACAUCACUGAAGGCAUCUAUUAUAACUAACAAAGGCGAGGACGAGCAAGCAAAGCCGCCAGCAACAAAGGAAUCCCCAGAUGGACGGACCAAGCAGAAUGGAACGCAGCCUACAGCGGCGAAGGAAAACCAACGCCAAGAAAGUCAGCACAAACAAGACGGCGGACAGCCUCAGGGGAAUAAUUAGAUGGAGUGCUCAAGCUGCCCGUCGGUGGUCAUACAGGAAGCUUUGCUGCGCGGGUUGUUCGUCUCACGGUUACUGUUUCCACGAAAAGAAUGUAAUUACUAAGCUGAUGGCAGGCAAGAAGAUCGAACCUGUCAUCCUUUCAUGGCUUGAUUUGGUUUCUGCCCAUCGCUUGUCGAAAUAAAAGCUGUAGCUGGAAUAACUGUUGAUCAUGGAAGAGAUAAAAUAAGCUCUGGCUUGCUGAUCUCCUUUUAACA